AUGGAUUCUGCUGAAUCGGGAGAUAAUCCUAGUUUCAUCUGGCGAAGUAUUCUUGAAGCUAAAGAUCUAGUACAUUCCUGUGCUCAAAGCACAAUCGCUAAUGGGGAAAAUGUAUCCAUUAUUGCAGAUCCUUGGCUUCCACAUAGUUCUAACAGCUAUGUCGUUACAAGGCACACUGCUCUUGUGAACAAAUCGGUCAGCUACCUCUUUCAAGUUGAUACUCGCGCUUGGGAUGAGGAUGUUGUGAGAGACUUGUUUGUUUCACGUGAUCAGGACCUUAUUUUGCCCAUUCAGCUUAGUGAUUCGGCCGUAAAUGAUGGUUGGAAUUGGAGACUUCAGACUUGUGAGAAUUAUUCGGUUAAAAGUACCUAUAAAUUUUUGCAAGAAUCUAAAAGUGCUUGGUGCCGUGAUGCUAGAAGCGCCUUUGGUCGUUACAAACACCUCCUAAGAUCACUCCAAAAAUGUCAUGUUCCCGUCAAUGCUGACUGUCCGCUGUAUAAAGCUCAUGCAGAAAUCGUUCAACAUGCAUUGGUGGAGUGUGAGUUUGCUAAAGCUGCUUGGAAUCGCAGCAUGGUCGACCUCGGGGCUGGGGCUGCAACAUUCAGCAGCUUGCUAUUGGGGAUCUUCGGCAGAGGGCACGAAGGUGAAAUGGAGGAAGUGGCUGUGGUGAGUUGGGCUAUUUGGCGCGCGCAGAAUGAAUUUGUUUGGCAAAAGAAGAGUUGGUUUGCAUCAAAUAUUGCUGCAUCAGCUAGAAAUAUGCUUGAUCAGUAUAAAUUUGCUCAACGAAGGAAGGGUCUUUCGUUGUCUCCGCUGCAUGAUGGGGGGCAAAAUCUUGAGCGUUGGAUUGCACCUGAGUUAAACAAGAUCAAAGUUAAUGUUGAUGGGGCUUUAUUUGAACAAGAGGGACGCUUUGGCAUGGGUUGUGUAGCUCGAAAUCAUCAUGGGGCUAUGGUAGAAGCAUUCAAGAAAGGGAAGAUUGGUUGUGUUCAACCUGAAAUUGCUGAGAUAAUAGGCAUUAAAGAAGCUUUGAGUUGGAUUGCAAUGUUAAGAACACUGUAA